AUGGGAGUCGGCGACACUUCAAUCCGCUCCAGCGAGCGUCCUGAGGCCGGCAGUGUCAACAUACCAGUCGGUGUAUGGCCAACGUCGUCGACAAACGAGUCCGUCGAUGCACAUAAGGUCGCCAAUGAGGUGAUCACACGGUUCAACGAUGCACUUGCGAAAAAGGAUCAUGCGGCUAUCGCCGACCUCUUCUCCAAAGACAACAGUUACUGGAGAGAUCACCUAGCGUUGAGUUGGGAUCUUAGGACGUCGAAGGGUAGCGCAGACAUCAAGAAGUACCUGGAUUCCAGCAAAGUGCAAAUGGAAAAGAUUGAAGUGGACAAGAGCUCAGACUACCGCGCGCCAAAGUUUGGAGCGAUCGAUGUUCUAGGCGAUAUCACUGGUAUCAACUUCUUUGUAACUUUCGAGACGAGCCUCGGGCGUGGCGAGGGUGUCAUGAACCUAGCCGAAGACAAUGGACAAUGGAAGGUGUUCACGCUGUACACCUUGCUGAAGGAACUUAAAGGUCAUGAAGAGCCAUUGGGUCACCGAAGGACAAAGGGUGUGAAGCAUGGAGGAGACCCGAAUAGGAAGACGUGGAAGGAGACGCGUGAUGCAGAGAAAGAGGAGAUCGACCCGACAGUGUUGAUCCUUGGAGCCGGGCAAGGCGGGCUUACAGUCGCUGCGCGUCUACGGAUGCUCAACGUCCCCGCGUUGAUCGUCGACCAAAAUGAGAGGGUUGGUGACAACUGGCGCAAGCGAUAUCGGCAACUGGUACUCCACGACCCAGUAUGGUACGACCACAUGCCUUACGUGCCCUUCCCAGCACAUUGGCCAGUCUUUACUCCUAAGGACAAGCUGGCGGAGUUCUUCGAGGCGUACGUGAACCUGCUGGAGCUCAACGUAUGGACUUCGACAAGCCUCAAAUCAACAUCGUGGGAUGAGAGUAAGAAGCAGUGGACCGUGACUGUCGAACGCCGGAAACCCGAUGGGAGCACUCAGACACGCACAUUACAUCCGAAGCACAUUGUCCAGGCGACAGGCCACUCCGGCGAGAAGAACUUUCCCCAGAUCAAGGGUAUGCAAGACUUCAAAGGCGACCGCCUGUGCCACAGCUCCGAGCACCCAGGCGCGAAUCCCGAGUCGAAGGGUAAGAAGGCUGUGGUAGUAGGAUGCUGCAAUUCAGGCCAUGAUAUCGCGCAAGACUUCUUUGAGAAGGGAUACGACAUCACCAUUGUACAGCGCAGUACAACAUGCGUUGUCUCUUCCGAGGCUAUCACCGACAUCGGCAACAAGGGUUUGUACGAUCAAGACGCACCGCCUGUCGACGACGCCGACCUGACUUUCUGGAGUCUGCCAAGUGAGCUUCUGAAAGCACAGCAGAUCAAAGUCACCAAGAUCCAAGCCGACCACGACAAGAAAAUGCACGACGGUCUUCGCGCGGCUGGCUUCGGUCUUGACAGUGGACCGAUGGAUUCAGGCCUUCUUAUCAAGUACUUCCAGCGCGGCGGCGGCUACUAUAUCGAUGUAGGCGCAUCCCAGCUUAUCAUCGAUGGCAAGAUCAAAGUCAAGCAAGGCCAAGAGAUUGCGCAGAUCUUGCCAAACGGUAUCGAGUUCGCGGAUGGUGAUAAGCUGGAAGCUGAUGAGAUCGUAUUUGCGACUGGGUACCAGAACAUGCGCACGCAGGCGCGAAAAAUCUUCGGCGAUGAAGUCGGGGACCGCGUCAGCGAUGUAUGGGGUUUCAACGACGAGGGCGAGUUCAGGACGAUGUGGCAGAAGAGCGGUCAUCCUGGUCUGUGGUUCAUGGGUGGCAAUUUGGCACUGUCGCGAUUCUACAGUAGGGUACUGGCGUUGCAGAUCAAGGCUGCCGAAGAAGGCAUGAUAGAAGAUGGCGAAGGCUCGAAGGCGCGGCUGUAG